AUGAAGAUACCCAGGUCCAAUUUUAUGACUGCGGUAAACGACCGUACAUUUUUACCGUUAGAGCGUGAACAUAUUCGUAUGUGUAUUCAACGUCAAUUAGAUAUUAUUAUUCAACAAGAAAAAGAAGUCAUUUUGUCACCAGUUGAGAAAAAUGUUGUUAUCGAUAAUGUUAUUGAUUUAAUUGAGUUUGCUCCACCAGAUACAGCACUCUAUUCCGUUUCAGGCUGUAAAAAAGUUCAACAAAAAUUAUAUUAUGUACUCGAAAAAUCACUAUUAAGUCUCUUGCGAGCAGAUUUGCUCGAAUAA